GCGGGCUCCGGCUGAAGUCCAGGAAACUGUGCUUGGACAUAAGAACGGUUUCCCUGGGGGGCUGGGGGCGGGCGCAGGCUGCCCAGAGGGCCUGUGGAUCCCCAUCCUCGGGGCGCUCACCCCCCGGCCGGGCAUGGCCCUGCAGCCUGGGGUCGCAGGGGAGGGCUGGGGGCUCCAGGGCUGCCCCACCUCGGCCCCUCUGCCCGGCCUGGCUCUGUCCCGCCCUGCCCCGCUGCCUGCGGCCGCUCAGGUGGGGAGCGGGUCACGCGGCAAUGGGUGCGGGAAGGCUUUGGUCCUCAGCCCCAAAAAAGUGCUGGCUGGUUCCUGCGGUGUCUCUUCGGCAAACUGGUGCCUCAGCUGCCAGCACCUCGUGUGUCGGAGCUUCUGGGGCCGCAGCUUGGGCCGGCUCUGCCCCUCCACUGCCUCUGUCCGCUGGGUCAGUCCUGCGGCCGCCCGGGACGAAGCCAAGCGUCUCGGCAUGUGUUACACUCUGAAUUUCCUUUACAACCGUCUCUUACGUUUAAAAUGCAAGCAGGGGAAAAGCACGUGUAGGUCUCAGGGCUCACAAAUGGGAUAAAGCUUUUGCUUUGGACGAUUUUCUGAGUUUGAAAUGAGUAGCUGUUUUUCUUCCCUUCCAGUGAGAGGAUCUGAAGGGCUUUAUAUGGUGAACGGGCCGCCGAGUUUCACAGAGAGCGCAGCCUUUCGAAGGGACUCUGGAAAGAACUGCAAGGCUGUUGCUUUCAGCAAGGAUGGUUCCCUCUUUGCCUGGUGCAAUGGAGAAAAAGUAAAUAUUGUUAAUGUCACCAGUGCUGAGUUACUGCGUUCCUUUGAUCUUCCGAAGGCAGUUUGCCUUGAAUUCUCGCCAAAGAAUAAUGUUCUGGCAACGUGGCAGGCCUAUACAACUGCUAAAGAUGGCGCAGCGGGGGUGCCCAACCUACAGCUUCAUGAGGUGAAAACUGGAAAAUGCUUAAAAUCUUUCAUCCAGAAAAAGAUGCAGAACUGGUGUCCUUGCUGGGCAGAUGAUGAGAGCAUUUGUGCCAGAAAUAUGAACAAUGAAGUGCACUUCUUUGAGAACAACAACUUCAAUACUAUUGCAAAUAAACUGCAUUUGCAAAAGGUUAAUGAUUUUGUGUUAUCUCCAGGAGCACAGCCAACCAAGGUGGCCGUGUACGUCCCGGGCAGCAAAGGAGCGCCGUCGUUCGUCAGGCUCUACCAGUACCCCAACUUCGGCGGCCCCCAGUCUGCACUAGCCAAUAAAAGCUUCUUUAAAGCUGACAAGGUGACAAUGCUAUGGAACAAAAAAGCCACUGCUGUCCUAGUAAUAGCUAGUACAGAAGUCGAUAAAACGGGGGCUUCGUACUAUGGAGAGCAGACACUGCACUACAUCGCAACGAACGGGGAGAGCGCGGUCGUGCAGUUACCAAAAAAUGGCCCUAUUUAUGAUGUCGUUUGGAACCCCAAUUCUGUCGAGUUCUGUGCUGUGUAUGGUUUCAUGCCUGCCAAAGCAACAGUUUUUAACCUGAAAUGUGACCCCGUGUUUGAUUUUGGAACCGGUCCUCGCAAUGCUGCCUACUACAGCCCCCAUGGACACAUCCUAGUGCUGGCAGGAUUUGGAAAUCUCAGGGGACAGAUGGAAGUGUGGGACGUUAAAAACUACAAACUCAUUUCCAAACCAGUAGCCUCGGAUUCCACAUACUUUGCUUGGUGUCCUGACGGGGAGCACAUUGUAACCGCCACGUGCGCGCCCCGGCUCCGCGUCAGCAACGGCUACAAGAUCUGGCACUACACGGGCUCUCUGCUGCACAGCCACGAGGUGCCAUCGACCGAGGAGAUGUGGCAGGUUUCCUGGCAGCCCUGCUUGGAUGGAGUGUUCCCAGCGAAAGCAGUGAAGUACCAGGCGGUUCCGAGCGAGCUGCCCGGCGCUGAGCCGAAGCCUGCGCAGGCGUACAGACCUCCAGCCCUGAGAAACAAACCUGUGACGAGUUCCAAGCUUCAUGAGGACGAGCCACCUCAGAACAUGAAACCGCAGUCGGGAAGCAGUGAUAAGCCGCUCUCUAAAACGGCUCUCAAAAAUCAAAGGAAACACGAAGCAAAGAAAGCUGCUAAACAGGAGGCCAAAGCUGAUGGGAACCGGGAGUCCACGCAGUCCCCGGCAUCGCAGGGGGCGCCCCGGAGCGCUGUGCCUGCUGUUACAUCAGGGGACCCUGAAGUUGACAAGAAGAUAAAGAAUUUAAAAAAGAAACUAAAGGCAAUUGAACAGCUGAAAGAACAAGCAGCUGCUGGCAAACAGCUAGAGAAAAAUCAGUUGGAGAAGAUUCAGAAAGAAACUGCUCUCCUUCAGGAACUGGAAGACUUAGAACUGGGUCUUUAAAACUUCAUGGAAGCCCAGUGCAGUGUUUAACACAAUGUUCAUGCAAAAUAUAAUUUGUAUUAACUUGAACACAAUAAAAUGUUUCAGCAAAUGACUGAGGAUGCAAAAGUCCACAGAUCUGCUGCAUACUUGCCUUUUAAGAAGCUUUCCUAAAGAUUUGUGCACAUGUGAAACAGUAACCAAGUAAUGAAUAUCACAUCGGCCAGUUCUGCUGCUGCUCAAACCAGAAAUGUGGUGAUGUUCUCAAAGUAUAUUGCCUAAAAAAGCAGAAGUACCCUGUUGGUUUAUCUUUUCCUUGUUUGGGUGUGAGGAGGGAAGGUGAUGAGGCUUACCCAUUUGAUAGCUUUAUUAUAUUUAAAAAGAUGUGAUCUUUAUGCAGUAAUGGGAUGUAGAUAAAAAUAAAGAGCAUUUAAUAA